UCUCAAUGACAAGUACGGCAUGGCUGUAGAAAAUAAAACUUCUUCACAUCAUGAUGUUUCUGCCACAAGUUCUAAUGGUGGAUCAGAGAGCAAUCAUCUUCUCAUCACAGGGCAUAGAUUGAAUGGAAAUAAUUACAUCCAAUGGUAGCAAUCAGUCAUGAUGUUCAUCUGCGAAAAGGGGAAGGAUGAUUUUAUCACUGGAGUGUCUACCCCUCUAGCAACCACAGAUCCGAAAUUCAAACUAUGGAAGUUAGAAAAUAAUAUGGUCAUGUCUUGGCUAAUCAAUUCUAUGACAAAGGAAAUUGGAGAAAAUUUCCUACUCUACAACACUGCUAAAGAGAUAUGGGAUGCAGCAAAGGAAAUCUACUCCAGUAAUGAAAAUAUUUCAGAAUCAUUUGAGAUUGAAACCGUUCUCCAUGACCUUCAACAAGGUAAUUUAUCGGUAACUCAAUAUUUCAAUAUUCCUACUCGUCAUUGGUAACGAUUGGAUUUCUUCGAAGAGCAUAGGUGGGAGUGCCCUGUAGAUGCAAAAAAAUACAAGGAAAUUACUGAAAAGAAAAGAAUUUUUAAAUUCUUAAUGGGUCUUAACAAGGACGUUGAUGAAGUUCGGGGAAGAAUUAGGAUCGAAACCAUUGCCCAACAUCUGGGAGACAUUUUCAAAACUAUAUUGUGAUGAAAGCAGAAGGAAGGUAAUGCUUGGAUCUCCAUCUACUAUCCCAGUUACUGAAAAUUCAGCUCUUGCUGUACAUGGAGGACAACACCACAACGAUAACUAUCGGCAAAAGAAGGACAGACCUUGGUGUAAUCAUUGCAAAAUACCGGGACAAACUGAUGAUAGUUGUUGGAAAAUACAUGGUAAACCAGCAUAUUGGAAGUCCACAAGGCCACCUUUCAACAAAGAAAAACGAGGAAAUCAUGUCUUCACUGAUGAAAGCACCACAACAACCAAACCAAAUCCUUUUAGCAAAGAGCAACUUGAAGUAUUACAGAAGAUGUUUUCACAGUCAUCACAAGCCCUACAUGGUAACACGAUUGGAACUGGGUCCUCAGCACACAAAGGAUUUGGAUUCGGGGAGGAUGAUUGACAGUGCUGAGGUGUGCUCAGGUCUUUAUCUUCUUAGAGUUGAUGAAUCUCUUAAAGGACAAACUUACAAAGCAGAAAGUGUAAAGCUCAAGAGUCAGUUUUCUCAAAGCCUUGUUUCCACUGGUUAAUUCAAUAAAGACACAGAAAUCAUGUUGUGGCACUACCGUUUAGGUCAUGUAAAUUUCUUAUAUCUUCAGAAGUUAUUUCCUUCCUUAUUCAAUAAUAAAAAUCCAAAGGAGUUUCAAUAUUAAGUA